CAUUCACAUACGUAGAGAGAGGCAAUCAGGUUAAUAAACAUGGGAGGGUGUGCGUCCAAGCCUAAGGUUAAGGAGGGGGACAUCGCAACAAAACCUCUAGUUCCAGAGAAGAGAGAUGACUUCGCCGCCAAAAACACGGUGGUCGAAAAGAACCUGGUGCUAGAAAAAAGAGAUGACUUCGCCGCCAAAAACACGGUGGCCGAAAAGAAGCUGGUGGUAGAGGACGACAAGGAUAAUCCUACCAAGCGUUUUUAUCCCAACAAUAGUUUUACCCAGAUUUCAAUGAGGGAGGAAUUACGUGAACCGUCCAAAUGUGAGCCUCAAGAGCCAAAAUCUAGAGAAGAACACACACAACCUCUAGUGGAUUCAAUUGAUUCCUGUGGCAAAAUGGCACCAGAUUCAUCACCAAAAUCAAAAGAGAAACUAAUAGCACAAGAAAUCAAAACACUCUUACUUCAAACCACUCUGAAACCUGAAGAGAAUGUUGCAAAAGAGACUCUUCUUGGCCUCCCAAAAAUUGAAAAUUAUUCUUCAAGGAGUAAUAAUAAAACCGAGGAGAAGCAAGAAGAAAACACCUUGAAACCUGAGAUUCUUCAUGACAUGGGUACUAAGCAAAAGCCCAUAGAAGAGAGCACCCCAAAAAUUGAGACAUCUAAUGAUGAACUAGAAGAGAAGCACAAUAAGAGUCUCAUGGAAAAUGUAAUUAUGGACAAAGAUGUAAAGAAUCCAUUGAAGCUUGAAAGGUUUCCAGAUGAGAAAACAGAACAUAUUCCACAUGACGAAAACACCUUGAAACAAGAGAGUCUUAUAGAGAACACAACUAUGGAGAAACCUAUAGAAGAGGCCUCCACACCUGAUAAGGAAAAAGAAGAGAAUCAUGCAGAAGAACACACCAUGAAACUUGAGAAGAACACUGAGGAAGAAUCUUUAAAGCAUACCCAUAAUUUCUUCUUCGCUUUCCAUCGCCGGUCAGGACCGUCUCUUCCUCUGUCUUCUCCGGCGACUAUCGUCCUAGCCACAUUGUCCCUUCCCUGCUGCGCGGCAGAUUCCGACGGGAGGCAACAGUAGCAGCGGUGACUUCUUCCCCAAAUUCAAGGUAUUUGUUGAGCUACUUUUGGAGGACAACGAGAAGGAAGGGGAUGUUUUGGAUGCAGGAUUGCUAGAAUUUAAUGGGUUAAUUUUCUUAAAAUCAUGGCUAUACGCGGGUGGCAGAAAGGUUCGACUUUGAGAAAUUUAAUUUCCCAAUCCACAAAAAUAGGAGCAGUCACCGAACCAUUGGCUGCCUAUUCCGCCUUUUUCCAUUCUACUCCGUUCUAUUUGGAGAAGCGGAAGAACAAUUGGGGAUCCGUAAGUUCAUUGCUUUUUUAGAUACAAAACGGUAGAUAUUAAAGUUAUUCUUUUAUA